AUGUCAUGGUGGCUGUCUCAAGCUGGAUGGGAAAGAUUGCGUGAUGCUGAUGAGGCAGGCACAAUGAAGGCAAUGUUGGGAAAAGGAAGUGAUGUGGAUCCGUUAGUUACACGAUUACUUAGCGAUUCGUAUAUUUGUUUCUAUCACGAAGAGCCGUCUAGUCAUCAUGGAUCAAACUCGUCCUCAAAUCUGCUGAAUAACAUGAUCCAGAAGUGCGGACCGGACAAACCAAGGACAACCAACAUAUUUCAGUAUCGUAGUAACUAA